UGGAGACAGCUCAGUCUUUCCAGAGCUCGGCUCUUGAGCAGACAUCAUCUUCCUCAGCUCAGCCACACGCCCCAAAAAAUUCUGUGUCAAAAGCACAAGUGCAGCAACAAUGGAUCUGGGUGGUUUAGACUUGAGGGGCUGACAGAGUUAAAAAUUGCUUAUUCACCCAUGAACAAAAGGAACACAGACUCACACAAAGGCUCUUCCAUUGUCCCAAAGAUGGAAGGUGAUUUUCUUGUUGCUGUUGAUUGUGGUGGUGGUGUCGGUGGUGGAGAGGCAGGGGCUACUUGUAAUGGGCUGGACAGGGUUAGUGGGGAAGAUAAAGACAUGGAAACUGUUGUUGCAUCCACUUGUGAGUCAUCCAGAGAGGAAAGGAUAUUGGGUGAAGGCAGUGCCAGCAUCACACAUCUUGAGAAGGGAGCUGGAUCAGAGAGUGAGGAAGGAAGGCUUGGGAAACCCCAGCCGCACCCUACAGCAGCAGCAGCAGCAGUAGCUCCUGUCUCCUCAAUUGGUGCUUCUGGCCCGUCAAAUGGCUCACCAGCUCCUGUACCUGCGCCUCUGCCUGGGUACUCAGGAAUGAUGGGCUGCCUAGAUGCUCACUACCCACGCUGUCUUAUGGGACAUUACUUUUAAGGGCCUCAGUUACUCCCUCUUACCAGCAACUUCACCAGAUUGCAAGCUUUAUCCUCGACCCAACAACCCAGAGUACCAUUUUGUGAUAUAACAAACUCUCCUAGUAACCCUUUUGGGGAUGGUGGGCAUGCCAGAAUUCCGAGUUGUGUUAAUACGAAAAGACUGGGAGAGAUUUGUAGUAAUGAUGGCAUCAGCGAUGGGUCAGUAUGGAUGGAAGCAGAGAACACAGAUGGGGAAUGCAAGAGAGGCAUUUUAGAGGCUGGUAAUGAAUGCGACAAGACGUCAGAACUUUAUGCCGAAAUGCUCAGGGAAACUCAUGGCUGUGAACCAUACUUGUUUUGUUUCUAAAGACAAGCAUUCUCUAUGUCGCUUUAUAGAAGAGGAGGAUGAAGAUUUGUGAAAUGGUUAAGAUUUGAUGUUGAAGCCCAAAGCCUGUGCCUCUACCUUGGCAAAAACCUUCUCCCUUGGUCCACCCGCCCAAGAAGUCAUCCCUACAUUCUCUUCAGUAUUGGAUCACUCAUGCACAAUCAAGGCAGAGAUUGGUUAUGAUAGCCUGCUGACUGAGAUGCAUGGAUGUUAAUCUGCAUGAAAGGAAAUUUGGUUGAACAAUAACAAGUUAUAUGGAAUGAAAGGCUCUUCAAAGAAAAUUCUGCAUCUUUACUAUUUUAUUUGAUAUUCUUUAUUUUUUUCUUAUGAAGUACAUUUGAUAUUUUUAUGUAUAUACAUAAAAUGUAUAUAUGGACAAGCAAAGGUUUUUUUCUCUUUAAAUAAUUUCUUUAGAAUUUAAAGAUUACCAGGUGAAAUUGACAUUUAAGAGCAUGUAUUUAUAUAUGUAAUAGUGUUUCUUAUAUGUUAUCUAAUAAAUAUGUACCAUCAUUAUGAAUGACUUCUGGAGCAUAUUAGAUCAUUUUUUGCCUUAAUCCUAAAAAAUUCUUAGUUAUGUUUGAAGUUUCACUACUGCUGUGUUAACAAGGAAAAAUAACCUGAUUUCAUGUUAUAUAAUAUGCAGCCUAGAAGUGUCUAAUGUGAUAAAAUGAUCUGUGCAUAAUGAAUGCUACAGGUUGUUUCUGUUGAUAUGUGAGCGUCAUUUCUAUUUUAUAGCUAGCAAAGCUGUGCUGCUGAAAGCAGAUUUUUCUUCCAUUUAAAC